UACCGAAGACGAAGAAGAACAACACCGGACGUGACGUAUGGAUUGUGCGCUGUUAGUUAAAUGGCAGCCUGCACAGUUGCCACGCUUGCCUUGUAAAAUCGACUUUUAUCAUUAUUUCUUCCCAACAUACUCGCAUAAUCGUCUUCAGCCAUGUCUGGGCGACAUAACAACAAGCUGCCGAACAACUUGCCACAGCUGCAGAAUCUUAUUAAAAGAGAUCCGCAGUCGUACAUUGAGGAGUUUCAGCAGCAGUACCGGCACUAUCAGUCCAAUGUACAAAUCUUCAAGCUGCAGCCUGACAAGCCGAACAAGGAGCUGGCAGAUCUUGUCAUGUUUCUCGCUCAGGUUGGUCACUGCUACCUGCAGCACCUGUCAUCCUUUCCACAAGAGCUGUCUGAGUUACUGAUGAGCCACCACACAGUCCUGGAGCCAGAUCUCAGAAUGACCUUCUGCAAAGCGCUGAUUCUUCUGAGGAAUAAAGAUCUGAUUGACCCCUCCGGCCUCCUGGAGCUCUUCUUUGAGCUGCUGCGAUGUCAUGAUAAACUUCUCCGAAAGACUCUGUACACACACAUAGUCGCAGACAUAAAAAAUAUCAAUGCUAAGCACAAAAACAACAAGGUUAACACAACAUUACAGAACUUCAUGUACACCAUGCUCAGAGACAGUAAUCCCAUCGCCGCAAAGAUCUCUUUAGACGUCAUGGGGGAGCUUUAUACAAGGAACAUAUGGAAUGAUGCCAAAACAGUUAAUGUCAUCACAACGGCAUGCUUCUCUAAAGUGACAAAGAUCCUUGUUGCGGGUCUUAAAUUCUUCCUGGGUAAAGACGAGGAUGAGAAGAAUGACAGUGAUUCAGAUUCGGAGGCGGAGGGGCCAUCAGUCCGGGACCUGAAGGUGAGAUUCUCCACCGGCAAGAAAACCACCAAAAACAAGAAGAAGCUGGAAAAGGCGAUGAAAGUCCUCAAGAAACACAAGAAGAAGAGGAAAGUAGAGGUGUUCAAUUUCUCCGCAAUUCACCUGAUUCACGAUCCGCAAGAUUUCUCAGAGAAACUCUUGAAGCAGUUGGAAGAGUCUAAAGAGCGCUUCGAGGUGAAGAUCAUGAUGAUGGAUCUCAUUUCCAGACUUGUUGGGAUCCAUGAGCUCUUCCUCUUCAAUUUUUAUCCCUUCAUCCAGAGAUUCCUACAGCCACAUCAAAGAGAGGUGACAAAGAUUCUCCUGUGUGCCGCCCAGUCGUCCCAUCAGCUUGUUCCACCUGAGGUCAUCGAACCUGUGAUCAUGACCAUCGCCAACAACUUUGUGACAGACAGAAACUCCGGGGAGGUCAUGACUGUGGGCAUCAACGCCAUCAAAGAAGUGGCAGCCCGCUGUCCACUGGCCAUCACUGAAGACCUGCUGCAGGACCUGGCCCAGUACAAGACCCAUAAAGACAAGAAUGUGAUGAUGUCAGCAAGAGGACUGAUCCAGCUGUUCAGGAGUCUUAAUCCACAGAUGUUGCACAAGAGGGACAGGGGGCGACCUACUGAGGCCUCAGCUGAGGCAAAGAUCAAAGACUACGGAGAGCUUGAGGCUAAAGACUACAUCCCCGGAGCUGAAGUCCUGGAGGUGGACGAGGUGAAAAAAGAAGGAGAGGAAGACGAAGACGGCUGGGAGAGUGCCAGCAUCAGUGACGAUGAUGAAGACGGGGAGUGGGUGGACGUUCACCACUCGUCUGACGAAGACACAGGAGAAGUGGCCGAGAAGCUUCAGAGUAUUCCCCUCGAGGAGAGACAAGCCAAGGCGGCAGCUGUCAGCGGCAGCAGGCUCCUCACUCAAGACGACUUCAAGAAGAUCCGUCUGGUGCAGCUGGCCAAGGAGGUCAAUGGUGCGCCGGGCAAGGGCCAGAAGAGGAAGAACGUGGACAGUGACGAUGAGGGAGACAACAGAGGGGAGCUGCUGACCUUGAGGAAUAUUGAGAAACUACAUAAGAAACCUAAAGCAGACAAGGAGACACGCCUGGCAACAGCAAUGGCGGGACGGACGGACCGGAAAGAUUUUGUCAAGAAGCACACCAAACUGAACCCACACGCCAGCACGAGCAACAGGGAGAAGAGGAAGACGAAGAACUUCAUGAUGAUGAGACACAGUCAGAACGUCAGAACAAAAGGCAAACGCUCCUUCAGGGAGAAACAGAUUGCUCUACGGGACGCUCUCCUGAAAAACAAGAGGCGCAAGUAGGACACAUGGACAUCAUGUGAUAUUGCCUCACAGUGUCUGAUAAUAUUGUACAUCCUUCAAGCAGUCUGUAAAACAGUUUAUUAUUGUAUUAUUUUCAGCAAACAAAGUGCAUCCAUUUACACUGUUGUGAAAUAAACAACCUUUGAUAAUUGUGUGAA